AUGGAUAUUGUGAUGAGUGCUGCCACCAAUGCCGCCGGACUGGCGAAGGCGGCGAGCCUGAACAGCCGGGCGUUCGUGACGUUCCUUGCCGGCAAUGGAGACUACGUGAAGGGCGUGAUAGGCUUGGCCAAGGGACUCAGGAAAGUUAGGACGGCUUACCCGCUCGUGGUGGCGGUCUUGCCGGACGUUCCGGAGGAGCAUCGUCGUAUGCUGGUGGCGCAGGGCUGCAUAAUCCGGGAGAUCGAGCCAGUGUACCCCCCGAGAACCAGACCCAGUUCGCCAUGGCUUACUACGUCAUCAACUACUCCAAGCUCCGCAUCUGGGAGAGAUAUUUACAAGCCUAUCGCUUCGGUGUACAACCUUGUCUUGGCCAUGCUGUGGCGGCAUCCCGAGAACAUCGAGGUGGAGAAAGUGAAGGUUGUCCACUACUGUGCUGCGGGGUCAAAGCCAUGGAGAUAUACAGGGAAAGAAGAGCACAUGGAGAGGGAAGACAUAAAAAUGCUAGUGAAGAAAUGGUGGGAUAUUUACAACGAUGUCUCUCUGGAUUAUAGGAGAACCGAAAGCGAAGCUGAUAGGCUCAUGGCCGCGCUGUCGAAGGCCGGUGCGGUGAAGUACGUUACAGCGCCAUCAGCUGCCUAG